AUGGCAGCAAGCAUGAUCAUCGUUGGCAUAACACAGAGGAGUACCGAGUUGACCAUAGUACUGAGGGUAUGCGCUGAUCAGACGGACGGAGAGCGGAGAGAGCAGACGAAUAAUUCCGCACACCAGCAGCCGUUUGACAGUUUCCACGCAGGGUAUUUACGGAUAGAUGAGGACCACUUGUACCGGACAGGUGUCCGUGGAUGUAAGAAAUACGUCCUCUACUGCAUAGUGGCAUUCCUCUUCAUCGCCACGCUGGGAAACUUAAUCCUUACAGUAUGUGUGAUAGGAUCUUUCAGGAUAAGUUACGAAGGCGCAGAAGCCUUUGAAUUUGUCCCACCAGGCAUACUGUGGCGGGUUUUUUAUGAUGUUGACACCAAGUCUGUGGCCUUGUCCGGAAAGGGGAAACUAGGGGGGAGAGCAGCUGAACACCUGCCAAUUGAUGCGUACGACUCAUCGGUACACAUUAAUAGUAAAUCUGGGGAACAAUCAAAAAUUUCAGUUGAGCCGAAUGGCACCACUCUAACGGCAGAGAGGCUAUCAAUUGUCCAUCCAAAAACGAGCCAAGUUUUAUUUUCAUCGGAUUCCGUCACAGAUGAUAUCCUGAGCAAAUCCCACGAGGUUGUCAGCUUCGUUUCUCUAACAACAUCGAGGCUCAGCAGUAAAGUAGACGAACCUCUCCGUGUGGAGUCCGACAGGGCUGUUUACCUGACGGGUAUGGAAGGCAUGACGCUGGAGGGGGCAAAUAUCACCAUGGAGGCCUCCGAUGCCAUAACAUUGUCUUCAGCUGAUGGGUCUGUCAGUGUCAGCGGACCGGAAGGAAUAUCAAUCAGCACCAACAUGAAGACAUACCCGUUCUCCGCCCAAACGACAGCCGCCUACAAAAUCUGUGUCUGUGCUGGAAGUGGACUUGUGUUUUUGUCCUCUCCAGGAACAGGGUGUGUCAUCAAAGGCGUGGAGAAUCCAUGCAUUGUGUGAUGGCCAUGGCGACAUUGUCUAUUAUAUAUAGGUACACUGCACUGACCAUCAUCCAUAUAUAGUAUUUCCAAGGAGUAUUUUCAUAUUGCACAAAGGACUGUCUUCUUGGAUCUGGAUAACGGUGAUAUAAAUUCGCUACAUGAGGAAACAUAACCUUCACGAAUGGUCUUGAAAGUUCAUGGUCUCCAGAGUUUUAAGUGAAAAUAUAGUUGUGGUAGUCUGUCUGUUUGACAUAGCAAGGCUAUGGCGUGAUUAGGAGAGAAGCACUUAUUAGCGCUCUGUAGAUGUGGGUUCCUGUGUCUGAAGAUUUCAAUAAUCCUAGAGGGAUUGGUAGACGUUCGUGUAUGCAAAUUAUAUUCGUUAUAAUAUUUAGUCAUUUCGCACAUCAAAUCGCGACAACAUCGAGAAUACGGCUAAUACUAUCACUUUUCUUUCACAGAGGAACAGUUUACAUGUUGAGGGCGUUUAAAACUCGCUCAAAUCUAUCAGGGAAUGAUUAUGCAAGAGUUUAGGGCAAAUAAAACCAAACCGAAGACUUGAAGCGCAUGAGUGUUGUAGUAUUUAUCGAUAGCAGCCUCUAUGUUACUUCUGUCUACUAAAGUGGUACCACCUGACCAUGUUA